AUGGUUGAAAGAUGGAGACCAGAAACUCAUACUUUUCAUCUCCCGAUAGGUGAGUGCACAAUAACUUUAGAAGACGUAUACUAUAUUUUAGGAUUAAAUGUGUUUGGUAUUCCUGUUAGCGGUUCAAAUUUUGUGAAUGUUAAAGAUGUUUGUCAAGAAUAUUUAGGAGUUAUCCCACCUGAGGGAGCAACAAAAGGUAAUUCUAUUAAAUUAAAAUGGCUCAAAGAUACUUUUGAUAAUGUUGGUGAAAAAGCAUCCGAAGUAGAAAAACAAGCAUCAUGUCGAGCAUAUAUAUUACGUAUGAUUGGAGGAUUGUUGAUGCCAGACAAAUCCAAUAAUCGUGUACAUUUAAAAUAUCUUUCAAUCUUGGGCGAUUUAAAUAAAGCAUCCCACUAUAGUUGGGAUUCGACAGUUUUAGCAACACUCUAUAGAGAAUUAUGCCUUGCUACGAAACUCGACGUAAUGUCGAUGGGAGAAUGUGCAUUGUUGUUGCAAAAUUGGGCAUGGUACCGUUUGAGUUGUGUUGCUCUAGAUGCAUGGAUAUUUCCACUUGCACAAAGUAAAGUUCCUCACAAUGAUAUAAAAAGAUACCAGAAUAAAAUCGAUCAUAUGAUGGUUCAAGAAUUUCGUUGGAGACCGUAUCUUGGAUUCCAACACGAGGUACCUAAACAAGAGAUCAACACUUGGACUGUAUGUACCUAUCUGCACUACUAUCAUAUCGUCGAAAAACAUCAUGCAGAUAGAGUCGCGCUUCAGUUCGGCUUUCAUCAACAAAUUCCGCAACCUCCAAAAGAUAUGACGCUCUACCAUGAGAUCGACAUAAGACGUGAUAUUGAUGAUAAUUGGAGUGUGGUUUGGAAAGAUGAGAUUCAACAUUGGAAUGAAUGUCAGAAUUACAUAUUGCAAGGUCAGUACGUCGAAAGUGUUUUACGCCACACUAACGAAUAUAUGAAUUGGUUCAUGCAUCACACUAAAUUAUACAUAUAUGUGGAAAGAUACUUGUGCGAUCCACGUUUGCAACCUUCAACAUAUCCUGAUGUUCACUCUAUGCCUCAAUCAAUCCCACAAUAA